AUGAAAGCUGCCAUCCUAGCUCCUGGGUUCCUUCGUUGUCCCACCGAAGUGCAUUGCAUGAUCUUUCAGUCUCUCUCUCCCAAAGAUUUCUACGGUUUAUUCUGGACAUGCAAGAUUUUGAAUAGGAUUGCGGAGCCAUUUAUGUACUCUGAAAUUCAAUUGAAUUGGAGGAAACAUUCGAGACCGCCCCGAAUCAUCUCACUCAUCAAAAAUGUACUCUCGAGACCCGACCUAGCGCUUUGUGUAACAGGUCUCACGCUCGGUAGAACCGGUGGCGAAUCCAUGCGUAGCGUUGCCGCAAUUCGUGAUAUUAGACUCACCGUAGAUGAAGCUGACCUCGAACAACUGAUUGAAGUCAUCAAGACCUUCAAAAUUGAUUAUAGAGAUAGUUGGAUCAGCGAAUUGCGCAACAGAAAUAUGGACGCGUUCGUGGCUAUCUUACUGUGUAAACUCCCGAAUCUGAUUUACUUUCAAUUGAAUCCAAAUUUCAUGCAUGGAAAUGAAAUCUUUGGCUUGGUUCUCAGAUCGACUGUCUCCCAAGAUGGCAAUUGUGGAAUUGCCUCUUCUCAACGACUUCAACAUGUGACUUUCAAACGGACCACCAUAGGUCGAUUUAGAGGCGGAACUUUGAACCCAGAAGAUAUCUUUUCGUUCUUCUCUUUACCAAACAUUGUUUGUCUAUCAGCUGCAAUAGAGCCUGCAGCAGAUUACGGCUGGCGUCUAAGUUCACAGCCCGUAGCAUCAACCGUUACGGUACUAGAUCUUGAUUUGGUAAAUGCUGGGGUACUUUACCAAAUCCUAAGUGUUACGACUAGACUCAAGGUUCUGCGCUGGAGAUGGCAUCACUAUGAAAACUCUGAAACUACGAUCCGAUACGACGUUAUCAUGGGUGCAUUGUCAUUCGUUCGGAACACCUUGAGUGAUCUCACCAUCUCCGCGGAAAAUGAAGUGGUUAAUGCGUAUUCUUCUCGGAUCCAAUGUGCAGGUUCAUUAGGCGCGCUUGUAAAUUUCGACCUUUUGAGGAGAUUUGAGAUUAAUUUAGAAUUUCUGCUUGGAUCUGUUUCAAGCCCGGGGCAUGGACUUCGCUAUCUUCCUCGAUCUGGCCGGACUUUACAAUUUGAAAGGAUUGUACCUAAAAAUAUCGAGGUUCUCACUCUCACCGAUGAUAAAGAACUAGAAUGGCGAAACCGUGUUCAUUAUCACGUUGUAGUCACAGCAAUUCAAUCUUGGUUGGCUGCUUGGGAAACCUCAACACCUCAUCUUCAAAGCAUUCGUCUUCUGCUGACGUAUGACUAUCAGGAAUUUGACUCUACUCCAACCCGAGAUGUAUACAAACUUGAUCGCACUAUGCGACUGGAUCUCGAUAGAUUGAGUGCGAAAGCGGGGGUAGAAAUUGAAGUACGACGGAUAUAUAGAACAAAUCUUUGA